AUGGCCUCCAAAGCUGUCCCCAGACCUACUCUGGGCAGUCACCUCUGCCCGAUUUUCCUCAAUGCCAUGGAGACAGCGGGGGACAGAGCCAAAGAGAGCUCCCUGGGGGAGCCGGAGUUGCCCCCCGACCCUGACGCCGUGGGCAUGGACAGCAGCUACCUCAGUGUGAAGGAGGCUGGGGUCAAGGGGCCCCAGGACCGGGCCGGCUCCGAGCUCCCCAGCCCCCUGGAGAAGGCGGACUCGGAGAGCAACAAGGGCAAGAAGCGGCGGAACCGCACCACCUUCACCAGCUACCAGCUGGAGGAGCUGGAGAAGGUCUUCCAGAAGACGCACUACCCCGACGUGUACGCGCGCGAGCAGCUGGCCAUGAGGACCGACCUCACCGAGGCCCGCGUGCAGGUCUGGUUCCAGAACCGGAGGGCCAAGUGGAGGAAGAGGGAGCGCUUCGGGCAGAUGCAGCAGGUGCGGACCCACUUCUCCACGGCCUACGAGCUGCCCCUGCUCACCCGGGCUGAGAACUACGCGCAGAUUCAGAACCCGUCCUGGAUCAGCAACAACGGGGCUGCCUCGCCGGUGCCGGCCUGUGUGGUCCCCUGUGACCCGGUGCCUGCCUGCAUGUCCCCUCACGCCCACCCCCCUGGCUCUGGGGCCAGCGGUGUCACCGACUUCCUGAGUGUCUCUGGGGCUGGCAGCCACGUGGGCCAGACGCACAUGGGCAGCCUGUUCGGAGCGGCUGGCCUCAGCCCGGGCCUCAACGGCUAUGAGCUCAAUGGCGAGCCGGACCGCAAGACCUCGAGCAUCGCGGCGCUGCGCAUGAAGGCCAAGGAGCACAGUGCGGCCAUCUCCUGGGCCACAUGACAGGGCCCCUCCCGUCCGGCCCCGUGCCCUCCCCCACCUCGGGGCCCUGGCUCCGCCCAGGCUUCCCAGGCCCCCAGCCUCCCACCUAGGAACCUGGCCUGUCCAGGGGCCUGACCCUCAGCACUUUCAGCCACCCCGAGUCUGAGGCCCUGCGGACUGCUGGGAGGGAGGGGCAGCAGGCCAGCCGCCCGGCCCUGAGGUGGCCCUCUGCGCCCCACCAAGGCAGCGAGGAAGCCGGGGGGCCACGUCUUGCAGCUUGGCAUCCAUUGUAGACGGAAGGCCCUCUCCUCCUGCUCCCUGCCCAGUGUGACCUGGAAUCCAACUAAGUCCCCUCCAGACCCAGAGUGUCGGCCGGGGCUUGUCCACUCUUCCCUUUUCUGUGGGGUCCACUGGUCACCAGGCCGAUGGUUGUGCACUUGAGGCCACCCUGCAGAGUUGGCUCCUGCCCCCACCUGCUGGCCCUUCCCCUCCCUGAAAGCACACGGAACCCCACUUCAAGACCCAGGAUCCGCCCGCGCUGGCCAUCCCUGGGGAUGGGAGGACCCUGCUGCCAUCCAGCAUCACCGGCAGCCAGGGGGUGGCCUGGCCUGGCCAGGGGAGACGCAUGCCAGCCUCCUCAAGGGACAUGCUGCCUCUGGUGGACACUGCAGGGGAGAGUCGGGUCUGGGGGGCUGAGGAGUAGACCCCAAGGGUCCCCAUGGUGCUGGAGGGAGGAAGGCAGGGCACGGGGAAGCGCCGGGUGAGGCAGGGGCUCUGCAGCCCUUCCUCUGUGCUGCCGGAUGGCCAUCAUCACAGUGAGGGUCCUGGGCUGUUCCACUCUCCACCCGGUCAGUGCUGCCCCUCCCUAGGGCCCUGCAGGAGGAUCUGGUGCUCGUCCUUUCCUCACCUUGCCCUGGUCACUCACGGGGCUGCUCAGCAGUGUCCUGGAGUGGAAGGACCUACAACCCGGAACAGUAAGCUAGGUUUAGGCCCACGGUGGCUCUCUCUGCUGGACCUCCAGGCAGGUGACCCUUCCAUCCUCAGACUAACCACGCCCUCUGCUGCAGGAGCGCACUGUCCAGAACCUUCCCCGGCAGGUGGCAUUCACGUGUAAGGACGCCCUCCUGAAGCCAGGCUUCCUGCCUGCAGGAAGGGGGCUCCCUGUCUGCCUGACCUGCCCCCCACAGCCGGGGCUUGGCGGCAGUCCUCCUGAGCUUGUGUCACAGUAGCCGUCCCUGAGGCAGGUCCCUGAGGCAGUCACACCCUCCCUGGGAAAAGCCUGUGUCUUUUGUACUUGCUACCUGUCCACAAGGAGGGCCGGGCCACCAGGCUCAGGGUGGGACACAGAGUGAGCCCGGGUGGGGCUGGGGGAGAGCGGGCCUGAGGAGCAAGCGCCCUGGGGCUGCCACUUGUCUGAGGUGCAGGGGGUGGAGUCUCCUCCCCUGUGUCCUCGCCUGCUCCAGACCCGAGAGGAGGAUCUGGCUUGGGCUUCCCCUGGGAUGAGAAAGACCACUCUAAACCACAGCUGUCCCUUCACCUUGGAGAGGUGACAAGGGUCUUGGACAGUGCAUGGAAUGUUCCUCAGCCUUGGCUUUCCGGGUGUCAAGUGCUGGGGAUCUUGGGGUGACUCAGAUCUGAGGUCCAUGGAAAUAACUCCUUCUCCCCAGAAUCUAGCUCAGGAGAGGACGCUCAUGGCGGGGUGGUCCCCUGCUCCUUCUCAGUGCUCUGGUGGCUGGGGAGGGCCACGGGAGUACCUUCCACCACAGCUGUCUUCUCCCCUGGAGAGAAUUGGCACCAAGAGCAGGGGAACAGGACAGUCCCAGGAGAGGGAGGGAAGGAGGACUCUUGGUGGAUUCUUCCAGAAAGGGCUUCUGGCAUUCAGUCCUCUUGUGUCUGCUUUUUGGCCAAGCUAGAUCCGAGCCAGGCAAACUUCAACCCCAAAGAACAAAAAGCCCCUAUUAGGAAAAGGCUCUGUGGCUAUGGCCGCCGCCUGCCCUCCGCCGCAGCCAGGAAGUGUCGAUGACUAGACAUGCGGGUGGGAAGUGGCCCUGUGCAUCUCCCCCAGGCCUGUCCCGUGAGCCUGUCCCAGCCCUCCAGGGUCCCUCUAACCACUCUAAGACCCCACAGCCUCUGGGUGGAGAGGAAGUCCACACCCUCAGUCACUAUAGUCCUCGCACCCAGAGAAGAGUGACCCGGGCCUAAGUGAGAAGUAACUGGGGCCUGAAAGAGAGGGCCCUGGAGCCAGGUGGCCGGCGCCAUGUGGCGCUCCCUGAUGCCCCAUUGCAUCUCCCGGGCAGCCGAGUUCUCCAGGAAAGAACUGCGGGGCCUGGCCCCUUCCCAGCUGGGUCCCCACAGCGGCCCGAGGUGCCAAGCCGGUUGGCAGACUGUGCCCCUGGCUUCCUGCGGGAGGACCAGGGAGCUCUACCUGCUGCAGGGUUCGCUGCUAAGCCACUCCGCUGGGAGAGGGGAGGAUGUCCUUUGGCUAUUGCCCAACGUCCAUAGAGACGGCCACUUUCAGAUGAAGUCACGGGUAGGUGGCAGCUGCAUGGGCAGUGUCCCCAGCAGGGCGCGUGGCUCGGCCUCCAAGGCUCCUCCUGAGGUGCUGCUACCACCCGGGCCCUCCUCCAGGGCCUGGGCCAGAGAGCUGGGGGUGCCGAGAGGGGUGACUUCAGCGUGAAGUGGCACUUCCAGGACGUGGGCUUUCAAACCUCCCCUUGAGUUCUUUUAGCUGUACUUGACUCUCUGCUCUCUCAACCAUGCUCCAGCUUUGGGAAGCAUGGCGGCCGGGUUAGUUCAAAGACACUGCUGGGGGCAGGAGCACAAGAGCUGAGGGCGUCCCCCGCACACGCCUCUGUGACCACGCUGGACCCAGCUCCAGUGCCCCACUCCCCCAAUUUGGCCGGAUAGACAAGGAACACUUCCACGAGAACCACCAUGCGUCCCGCGUCGCGCGCUCACUCGGGCUGCACCUGGGGAGACCAUCUCUGAGAGACAUCGGUGGCCCCCGGUCUGUUGGAGGGCCCUGACCGCCAGGCGCAGAGGCAGACAGGCCCGGCUGGGGGAGGAUGGUGGCGAACUGGCCCCCAGGAUAAUAAACCACGAUUGUACAAUUGAAAGAAGAGGACAAAAGGCCCACUUCCAAAAGUCACAUCGACCCUGCUUCACGGAUUGGGGAUGCUGCAGGGAGGAAAGGUGCCCCCACUGGACAAUAUCGACGGCAUUGAAGCCGACUUUCCUGCGCUCCCGGUCCUGUCUGUGCCCCCCACUCUCACACAGAGCUAGGUCUUGAUACUACUGAUUUUGAAGGACGGUUUUCAGCGUCUGAUCUGUUUGCCGUGGUUGGGGAGAGCCGAGUGCUAGAAGAACCAGAGCCUCAACCAGUACUUACUGUUCCCAUUGUAAGAUAUUUUAACCCCGUAUAAAUGCAACUUUCCCUGUAGCUUAAUGGCCUGGGGUGGAAUAUUAAGAAUAUAUAUUAAAAAUACAUUAAAAAUUCAGAAAAAUGUAAAAAAAAAAAAUGAGGUCCGUUCCAUAAAGUUUCACUGCCUAUACCACCAUGUAACUACAUUAUAGCAAAUAUUAAAAGAAACGUUCUUGCCUUUUAAAGUAAGUUAUUGCACUUACAUCUUCUGGGGAGGGGAGGAACUGGGUGAGAAGGGGACUUAGGGGCUGAGGCGAGGGGCACCACAGAGCGGGGACAGCCGGAUGCGCCCAGCACCCCCUUGUUGGGCACAGCCCAGACUGUUUGGAUGUUGUUGUUUGCAAUAAACUCCUUCUCCUUCCUCCUCUCAA